UCCGGACGUCAUGUCCGCUCGAUUACGACAUCCGCAGCUGGGUUUCCCGGCCUGGCUAGAAAAGUAUCGCUCGGCCCGCAUGGAGCGGCGGAGCGCACAAGCCAGUCGAGCAGGGGACGAGCAGCCGACGACGGUUCCGAAGGAGACGAGACAGACCAAUUACCUCACCAUGACCCGCCUGCUAUGGCUCUUCGCCGCUAUUACCGCGUCGUUAGCGCAAGACGACAUCAGCCAAGACAAGUGGAAGCUGGCACGAGCCAACAACUACCUGGGGCUCAAUCUUCUCAAGCAGCUUCCCAGCAACGACAAGACCAACGUGUUCUUCUCCCCGUUCAGCGUGUCCACAGCCAUGGGCAUGGCCUACGCCGGCGCCCGCGGGGACACCCUGGAACAGUUGACGCUGAACUUUGGUUACGCUGCGGAUGAACUCAACGAGGGCAAGGUCCUCGCCUUGUUCAAGGAACAGCUCCAGUCGACCAACGACCUGCCGCACGACUACACGCUCAACAUCGCCAACGCAGCCGUGGCCCAAGAGGGGUACGGUAUCCUUCCUGAGUACACCGACGCACUCACAAGUUCCUUCGGUGCCGAGUACAUCGAAGCCGACUUCCAGAAACGCGGUCAAGAGGCCAUACAGAAGAUCAACGCUUGGGUUAGCAACAGGACACAUGGGAAGGUACAGAGUUUGUUCGACGAACCACCGGACUUCUCGACUCGGUUAAUCCUCCUCAACGCCAUCUACUACAAGGGGACGUGGCUGUACGAGUUCGACAAGACGAAGACGAAGCCGAGGUCGUUCUACAAUGGCGGUGUCGAGAAGGUCCAGGUACCCAUGAUGCGGCUCAAGUCAACUCUUAACCACACCUACAACGCCAUCCUCAACGCUGACCUCGUAGACCUGCCUUACGUCGGCAAUGACUUCAGCAUGACCAUCAUUUUGCCCAGAGAAAAAACCGGAUUGGCUUCGCUCAAGUCGGUUCUGACGUCGCAGACGCUUAACCUUGCCCUCCAGAACAUGUACCCCAAGGACAUGAAGCUGAAACUUCCAAAGUUUAAGCUGGACACCAAAUACACUCUCAAGCCCACGCUCGAAGCCAUGGGCAUCACAAAGAUUUUCUCGGCCGACGCCGAUCUUUCAGGUAUCAGCGGUUCGCGAAACCUCUACGUGUCCGAUGUCCUACACAAGGCUGUGCUGGAGGUCAAUGAAGAAGGCAGCGAAGCCGCUGCCGUUACGGGUUUUGUCAUCCAGCUAAGAACGGCCGCGUUUGUGACGCCGCCCCCGUUGCCAAAGGUGUAUGUAGAUCAUCCGUUCAUCUUCCUCAUCAGGAACUCUAGAACCAACACCAUCAUGUUCCUGGGUGAGAUCAACGCCCUCUGAGUCAUCCUGUACAGAGAGUAUAUUUGUGUUCGUCAUUUUGUAGUUUACUUCAGUUGUAAUAAAGAGUCAUUUAUGUUUCGUUGCAUUUUCCAA